AUGGACGCAGAGGAGCGCCCUGCAAAGCUUCGGAAGCUUAACUCGGACGAUGACUUAGGCUUGGCUGAAGAUGCAGACGCAGAUGCUUCUUACCUGUCAAAUUUACCUGGCACACGGGCAGUCACUGGCACCGUCGAUGCUCCGUCGUUGCAAAACAGUAAGCCAGAGGAGUGUGCUGCUAAUCUUCAAGACCCUUCAGUGCCGCGAGAAGAAGAAGACGUCCGGGAUGAGUCGGACGACGGCCUGGGGUCGAACCCAGAAAACCAACCAGACUUUGCCCACACGGCACCACCACAGGAGCAGCAACAACAAAAUGGCGACGCGCCGAAGCCACUAUCCAAGAACCAGCUGAAGAAACUACGGAAGCGAGAAGAGUGGGAGGCAGCUCGCGAUUACCGCAAAGCGAAACGAAAACAAAAGACACAGGAAAAGAGGGCCAGGAGACGAGCAGCCCGAGAAGAAGAGUUAGAACAGCACCGGCUCCAAGUAGUGCAGCAACAACCGUCCCUUGUCUCUGAAGAAAACGGACAAGUUGAAGGAACGAAGUCUACAAAGUCGCCGAUACCUCCUCCUCCACAACCGUCCUCCAAAAUGAAAUACCGCCGUCCCGUCCAGAUCCCCAUGACCAUCCUCAUAGACUGCGGCUUCGACGAUCUCAUGAUGGAAAAAGAGCGGAUAUCGCUUGGUUCACAACUGACGCGGUCAUAUUCUGACAACACGCGCGCCCGGUAUCAGGCACACCUUGUGAUUAGCUCCUGGGGCGGGCUGUUGAAGGAGAGAUUCGAUACCGUGCUCAGCAAGCAUUAUCUGAAUUGGAGGAAUGUGACGUUCGUGGAGGGGGACUUUGUCGAGGCGGCCAACAAGGCCGAAGAGUUGAUGAGAGGGCGUGAUGGUGGGAAGUUGGCCGGAUGCUUUGAGAAGUACGCCGCCGCCGCUGCUACCACCGCCAGCGCUGAUGGCUCGGGACCUGCUGAGGAAGCAACGCACCAAAAUCUCAAGGCUGCAGAUGUCUCUCUACAAUCCGAAGAUGUCGGAAAAUUCGACGCAGACAGCCUUCCCCAGCCCCAGGAACCAUCCGCACCAAAAGCCCCUAACUCCGCCACUCAACCAGGACUUCCACAUUCUUCUUCAUCACCACCAGACCCGUCCUUCCUAUCUCCCCAUCCCAAAGGCGAAGUCAUCUAUCUAACAUCCGACUCCCCCGACACCCUCACCACUUUAUCGCCGUACUCGACAUACAUCAUCGGCGGACUGGUGGACAAGAACCGGCACAAGGGCAUCUGCUACAAGACAGCCGCGGCGCGGGGCAUCAAGACCGCCAAGCUCCCGAUCGGAGAGUACCUCGAGAUGACGUCCCGGAAAGUGCUUGCCACCAACCACGUCGUGGAGAUCUUGCUGCGAUAUCUGGAGGAAGAGGAUUGGGGCAAGGCGUUUUUGAGGGUCAUUCCAAAGAGGAAAGGGGGGAAGUUGAGGGGGGAGAAUGCAGGUGCAGGUGCAGGUGAAGAAGAGGAAGAGGAUGGGAAUGCUAAGGCUGUGGAGGAGGGGGAUGAGGAUGGUGACGACGCUGCUGAAGACGCCAAUGAGGAUGAUGAUGAUAGUGACGGUGCUGAUGAUGUCCACAAGGAACAACAGCGGACUGCCAAUGGCGAACAAGUACCGUGCUCCUCCGAGCCUGAGCUUUCAGAACCACCUGCGGCCAGGGCCGGGGCCGGGACUGGGACAGAAAUGAACACGCUCCCAUGA